AUGAAGGCAGUUAUAAAUCAAAGCAAACAGCUGCAUAUACAAACUCAGCAACAAUUGGGGUCAAUAGCUAGACAAAUUGACUUUCUCCAUUCUACUACAGUGAAGGCACAAUUUCCACCAUGGAAACCACAUUCUUAUCUAGGAAUGAAGGAAUCUCAAUGUCAGGAACAAAGGGACUUCAAUUACAACAACCAAAGUCACUCUAGCAUGCCCCAACACCAGUCCCAGAAUGAUGUGUACAUCCCACCCUGGAGAAUUCAAUCCAACUGGAAGGAAGGCGAAAGCCAAAAUCAAAGACCAAGGGACUUCAACUGCAAUAACCCCAAUUUCAAAAAUCAGCAUACAAACCAUCCCCACAACAACAAUCAUCAAGCACUACCCCAACACACACACCUCCAACCUCAUCCUACCUCACCAUUCGCCCAAAAUAAUUUUUAUCAACCACCACAGUUGACACAGCCACAACCAUUUCCAACUGUUCCAGGAAUUUAUGUUCUAGAAACACUGAUGGAAAGAUUUAUGAAAAUUCAAGAAAUGAUGGCAAAAGAGCAGGAAGAAAUAAAGAAGCAUCAAGAGAUGAUAAGCAAGAACCAAGAAACCGUACUUAGAAGACUCGAAAGGCAGAUGGAACAACUGGUUCAGAGCUGUGCUGAACUGAGUGAGAGGAAGGGAACUUUGAACCCAAAGAGCCAUGAGAAGGAGGCUGGUUUGAAGGAAAAGAAAGCCUUGGAGGAAAGUAAGAAGUCUCAACUUCCAUGA